ACCAAAUGAGCAAGAUCUCCAAAAAUUUCUACGAAAAUACUUGAAUUGCUAAACCGGUAAUUCACGAGUUUCAAUCGACGAAAGAAGUCCGUCGAAGAUGGUCAAGAAUGGACAACUAAUAGGAGGGGCAAAUUCAUAGCAUUUUGGGGGAAUCUGAAGAGUUAAUAAGUAGGCAUGAUAGUUCCCAGAUUAUGCAGUCACCGACAAUCCGUGAAUAAAAUAACAUCGAUAGGUCUCGAAGCAAACAACCCUCGACUUCGUGAUCUUUUACUCAAGAAACUUACUGUCAAUUUUUUUAACGUAUUGAACUGGAAUCAAUGAUUCCGAAAAUUUUGUCCGUACUCGAUAACUCGUGCUCACAAAACGGUCUUAGCUCGCAAAAGUUGGACGAGCAGCUGUCGGUUCGGCAGUUAAUCUCCCAGGAACAAGGACGUGAUCGAAAAAGUGCUGCGCCGUCUCGAUUUUGAUACUACGAAAAAAUUAUUCCGCGUUGUCAAUUGCGCGGACAAUAAAACUUCUAUUUUAUAACACUGAUUUAUAAAACGGUUUUGUUGAAAGACUUUAAAAAAUACCGUUCAUAUGGAAUAAUCGGAAAGCUGGUCAAUAUCGCACGUGAAGACAGACCGAUCGGCGUCGCAGACUGCCAAUUAUCGAGAGCGAAUCGGAGAAAAGGAGUCGAUAAAAAACUACGACAACAUCGAGCGGUAUGCGUUGGAAGAUCAUCGUACUGUAAGUGACGGAACAAAUUUUAGUAACCCGCCGAAAGUAGAAACAACGAAGAACUCGUAAUUCAAAGUUUUAAAUUAUCGCGACCUCUAAGACAUUUUUUAUCAAAAAUUUUAAAUACGUUUGUUCAAAGAAAACCUCAAUUCAAAGCCUUUUCCAAAGCGUUAGGAAAAAAGUAGUUCAGACACUUCGAAUCGAACUGCCACGUCGCUGUAUUCUUUAACUACAAUAGAAAAAAUAGAGAUCUUUUUUUCGCUGAAACAAUUCUCGAUCCUAUGGCUUCAAUCGUGGUAAAAACUAGAUCAUUUCAGAAGUUAAAAUAAUGAUCGAAAUGGCGAAAACAAUGGAGGAACAAUACCUCAUUGAACAUCGAAACAGCUCUUUCUACAGAGAUACACAUGAAAUAUUUGUAAUGAAUACACAAAACCAAAAAAACGAAAAAAAAACGAGACAGAAGACUGUUUUAAAGGCAAAACCAUAUUACAGGUGCGCGGUCCUGUGUGGAUUGGUUUCCGGAGAUGUUUCAGAGAAGAGAAUCAAAUUAAACGUCGAGGAUUUGACUGACACGUCAUGGUUUUACUAUCAUAAAAUAGGAUCCGUUCGAUUAAUCGAAAAAAGUUGGAUACUCGCCUUCCAGUUGAGUGUGGACGUAAUUGACGACAGAAAAGUACAGGUUGAUAAUGCUUAUAAGGAUCUGCAGCAGAUAUGUACCGAUACGCAAGACAAUCGUAUCUGUACUCUGAGCGAAGAUUUUUCGAAUGCAACGGUAAAAGAAUUCCACUCCAGAAUCGAUUGGUUUUACGCUGAUAUCGGAAUAAGUGACGAAAGAGCAAAUGAAGAAUCGACGAACGAUCCAAGAAUAAGGGAGGUCACAGUAAGCGGAAAUUCACUUGGUUACGAUUUCGAUAGAAUAAGUAAACACAUUGCAAAGAAUACAACUGAUGUUGAAAGGAUGCGUGAACAUUUGCUAAUUAUCGAAAGCUCACGGGAUAAAUAUUAUAAGAACAUAGAAAAAAAAUACGGCAAUAACAGCCUGCAAUUAACCGUAAGCAAACUGAAGGAUAAAAUGAAUAAAGAACUUGACGCUUCUGACAUAUUGUUAGAAAUCAACUUGAUUUGGGACGAAAUUAACGCAAUAAUAGAUUACUUUACAGAAGAAAUUAGAGGUUACUAUGAACUCUCUAGGUAUUUUAUAAAUGGAGCGAUAGUUCCAGGGGUAUUUACGGCAGAGGAGUUAGCAGAGCUUUUGGAAAUAAUGAUCGCAUUCGAUAUGCCAGAAAGUUUUAAUUUUGUGGGCGAUCCGAAGCAGAGCGAAAGUUUAAUGGAAUCAGCGCAAAUCAGCUCGUAUAUUAGCAGAGAGGACAUCACGUUAGUUAUAAAAUUUCCGCUGAUCAAUAGCGUUUCUUUGGAGAUAAAUAACGUGUAUCCGUUACCCAUGAGAACGGAAGAAAAUGAAUUUCAAAUUAUAGAACCAUUCAGGAACCAUAUAAUAGUAAAUAAAAGUGAAAAAAUUUAUUUACCGAUAUCUUAUGACGAAUUCGAAAGAAGCAUUGAAAUAGAUUCAGUAUAUUAUUUACAAACAAACCAAAAAAUACAAAAAAUAAGUAAAAAUAGUCCGUGUGAAAUAAUAUCAUACCUAGGAGAGCCACCCGAAGAACCUUCAUGCAACAAAAAAAAUAUGAAAUUUGAAAGUACGAUAACAAGGUGUUUGCCGGAGGGACACGGCUGGCUGAUGGUAUCACCAAAAAAAAAACAAACUCAAUUCGAGUGUCUCGGGGAUAAAAUAAAUAAAACCAUCUAUUCAAACUCACUGGUUACUUCGAACAGUGACUGCUACCCUGUAUUCGAAAGUUAUAAAUCUGAGAAAUCUCCUGAUAAACAACCGCAUCCAGUUUCGAAUGAAACUUUUUUUCCGCGCCGGUCAACAUCUCGUACAACUCGUCCUCUUCCUCCGGUACCCACGUUUACGCCUUCAUCAUUUGAUGUUGCACCGUUUACAACUUCUCACCCUCGGCACACGUAUGCGCCUCCAAGAUAUUAUGAUGCACAGGCUGCGCAUUAUGCACCUCCUCUUACGUUUAUGCAUGAUGCAGAGACUAAACUGGUACUCGUGGCGAAUUAUAUCUAUGAGGUCAAGCAGGUUAUAGAUCAACACCACGUAGAAAAGAAGAAUUCGGAUCCGAAACCAAACGACCCAAGCACCCAAACAAACCCCCUCAACUAUUCAUUAGGUUCGGCGACUUUCAUAUCGUCUCUUAUAUCAGCUACACUCAUACUUACCAAAUACAAGAUGGCGCUACAAAGGUUUUUCAGGCGAGUAGCUCAAGUUAGCACUGCGAUUGACCAAGCUCUGCAAUCAAAUCAGCCUAGGCCGGAUCAGCAAAACACCAGAGUUUAGUUCGUAACACAAUAAAAUACCUAAAAAAAAACAAACAAAAAUUUGAAAAUGGGAAUCCAUCUAUACAGAUAAAAUUGAAAAACACGUAUGCACACACAGAUAUACGGAGAUGGUUAGUCACGAAAUCGAAUCUAGAUAAUCCAGCCAAUUUCCAUACACCAAUAAAUAGCCGAAAACGUAGUUGCCUCCUUAAAGAGGGUGGCUAGGGACGAUACACAAUGUUGCCAUGCUAAACCAUGUUAAAUACAUAAAAAAUUUCAAAAUGAUAAGAAUUUAAUAAA